UCACGUGGUCGGCUCCCAGGGUGCAGCGGGCGCGCUGGCGUUGGUUGCCAUGGUGCCGGGCGGGGCCCGGCGGGAUGGCGCUGCCCGUGCCACCUCCCGCGCGCGUGUUGGCCGAGCUGGGCCCGGCGCCGGCGGCCCCGGCCGCGGAGCGCAGCGGCCCGCGGGAGGUGCACGUGAGCGGCAGCGCGGAGCUGAGCGCGGGCCCGGACCGGGCGCGGGUGUGCGUGCGGCUGAGCAGCCGGAAGGCGGCGGCGGCGGCGGCGCGGGGCAGCGUGGCGCGGCGGCUGGCCUACAUCGCGCAGAGCGCCCGGCAGCGCGGCGUCCUGGAAGAAAAUAUGACUGUAACAGAGGAUUUUAGUAGACUAGAAAACACUUACCAAAUGGAAGCAGAGGUCUGUAUUAUAUUCAGUGAUUUUGGAAAAAUGCAGAAUGUUUGCAAUCUACUCAUUGAAAAGCUAGGGACCUCUGUUACUAUUAGUCCACCUCAUUUCUACCACACACCAGAAGCUGUAGACACCCUUCGCCGUGAAGUAUGUGUUGCUGCUGUUGGAAACACACGGCGAAAAGCUCAAGAAGUCUGUCGAUUGUUUGGCCAGUCAUUGGGAAAACCCUUCCUAAUAAGAGAAGAAGAAACAAAAGAAUGGGGAGGCCACAUAGACAGUCAUCUAUCUAACACCUCAGAUUCAUUGACGAUGCAGGAAAGAAUCCAGAAUGCAACUGUUUAUGCGUCUUGUAGAGUAUUUGCUGUGUUUGAGAUAAAGGGAAAAGAAAACAGAAGAAACAAGUUGCUCUAGAAACAUUCUUGUCACUGAAACCUCGGAUUAAACAUCCAAAUGCCUUCAUUUUUCAAGCAUGUACUUUUCAUGGAACAGUUUUUAGAAAGAAAAUUCUCAAAUACUAGACACUUGUAUAUUUAGUAGAAGUUUUCAAAGUGGAUUCCACUGGCACUGUAUAUACAUUUUGGUUUUUUAAUUCAUACACUUUUCAUGCUUUCUUCCUGCUUUCUUUUUUUACUUCACUCUUAUGGUAGGAAGAAUAUUAAGAAUGCAGUUUGUGAGCCAAAGUAGGUUGCUUCUAACAUGUCUAUCCAAGUGCAAGAAAUUACAUUUAAUACAGUUCUGUGUCACUCACAACUCUUCCUUUGCGUGAAUCAUUUUAAAGUAUCACGAUACAUGCUUUGUAAAAAGAGAGUGGUCAAAUUAUUGCAGGAUUUACUUACUGCAGCUCUCCCCAGAACUAUUUGAGUUCCAUUUGGCCUUUAUUUAGCUCUCUGCCCUUAAAUCAAGGUUACUGUUAGUUCUGGAAGCUCAUUAUUUAACCAUUUAACUUAAUUCCAUCCCCCUGGCAAAAGGCCAAGGUAUUUGAAAUUCAAAACCUUAGGUACUGCUGCCUGAAGUUUGGCUAUAUUUAAAACCUUCCUCCCAAGUUAGGAAACUAAACCCAGGCCUGAGUUCAUGGUACACUGAAUAUGCAGUGCAUUCAUUUCUGCUGAAACAAACUGUCCAACAUAAGACAUGCUUAAUAAUUUCAGUUUUAUUUCUUCAUAAGAAAUAAUUUACAUCAAUUUUAUCCUGCUGUCCAUUUGCUCCAGUUUAAAAAGGAAGUGUGUUGUGCACAUAUACAUCACAUAUAAAACACUUAAAUACUUCAGUCAUGAGGAUAGAUUUUUUUCAACCAUGGCUGCAUAACGUAUUUUGAUCCAUCAUAGCCACUGAAAUAGGCUUUCAUAUCAGGGUGAUGUACCUGAGAAAAUAAUUUUUCCAAGGUGAACAGGCAUCAGAACUAGCAAUAUAUACAAAUUGAUACUUUAAUGAUUAUUUUAAGUUAUUAACUUAUUAUGGUUAACUCCUGUUUGGUGUUAAAUACAGGAUGUACUUAAAGACACUUUUAGCAGGAUUUUUGACACACCUUAGCCAUUGUUCUGAUGGCAUAAAUGAGGUUUUCUCAAACUGCUGAACUACUCUACAAAUCUUGAACAUAUCUCAUGAAGUAACAAGUAAGUGCUAGAUCUAAACAGGAGCUGAUGUAUUUAAAUCGGCACUAUUUCUUAGUGAAGUACUUCCCACUCAUUUGUUGCUGGUACAGCUGUUUGCUAUUAUUCAGCUGGAUCAGUUAUCUAGUCCCAUUAGGCAGCAGGAACAAUAAAGCAGCAGUUAGUGAAGUGAUGGCCAUAGGUAGCACAAUAUCCAGCUUUAAGAUGCAAAGCCACAGAAGGGAAUCCACAUUACAUGCUGUGUCAUGAUCCAAAAAGCUUACAAUGAGUUGUUUAGAACUGUCCAUUAGGAAAUGGUGAGAAUGAAUUUAAGCUUUUUCUCUUCCCUUCAGUCCCAAAACCCUUUAGGAAAGUACACUGUCAAUUAGACCGUAGGAGAGGAGGAAUGAGGGCAUUCUGCAGACCUUCUUUUGAACUUAAGGUAUAGGCGUGACUAACAAAGUUUGUAAUUAAUCUCACUCAAUUAAACAACUUUCAAAGGUCUGAUUUCACAAGCUUGUUACUAUCGCUUCCCCUAAUACUCUGUGUGGAGAAUAAGCCACUCCUGUAGCUGAAUAAAGCAAUCUGACAUCUUAAAGGCUAGUUUUCACAUAAGGUAAAUGUUUAAGGUGAGGUAUCUGUUUCUCCCCAUGGACUAUAAAGGUAACUGAAGGUGACCAACUGACAUAAUGAAAGGUGUGUGGUUUUUUGACGUGUACAUAAGAACAGUCAAAACCCAGUUCUAAAUACAUAUGACGCUCAUCUGAGAUGGCAUUGUUCCCAUUGCCGAGUUCAGGCACGUUAGUACAUUUUAUAGUACAGUCUUUGGCUAAAACGGAGGCACAGUUUCAUCAGAAAGCUUGGAGAAUCUUCAGGCCAGCCUAACUUACACCAUUUGAUUGGGGCUUUACAUACGUGUAUUUUACUAUACCUGUUAGGUGAAUGGCUUAACUACUUGAUGUUAUUUUGAAUAUGGAUACUGCCACUAUCCAAUUUAAAAGAAGAAGAUUCCACUAUAGUGCUGGUUCCCUUGCAAAAAUGCCACCUGUAUGCAGCAUGGAUGCUUGAAGGCUGUCUUCUGGAUCAGACUCCUCUCAGGACUUAAACAUAUCUCUAACUAGUUUAAGAAUUAGGUGCAUCUUGUGUGAGCUAGACAUGAAAAGCUACUGAGAUCAUGAUACACAAGACAGAAUUUUAGGCUCCCACAGAGCUUUGCAGUCAAGCAGAGAGAUAUUAUUCAGUCUGGGCAGCAUCUGAGCCAGAGCUCUUUGAAAUGCAGUUUUUUUCAAAGGGGAACUGCAAAACCAGUAUACUUUGCUAGAUCUGUAGGAAGAGAUUAAAUGGCUUGUUCAAGUCUGAUGGGUCAGUGAGAUUCCGAAACAAAGUCCAUGUCUGCAACAUCCUGUUCACAAUAGAAAUCAAGUUGCUAAAAUCUGAUGAGCAAAAAAACCUAGAGUUUGAUACUUGGAAGUAGGCAGCACUUGGCUUUAGUCAUUUAUCACCGGAAAAUAUGUAUUUGAAAGUACAACAAUAAUUUGCAUAUCUGCUUUUGUUGCUGGUUUUCACUACCUUUGUUAAAUGCAUAGCUAACAUCUAUGAAGUCAAAGGUCAGCCAACUUUUAAGCAUACAGGAUAACAAACAAGUUGCAGUUAAAUAAAAAAUAAAUACUACCUCUAAUCCCAUAAUAAUUGUUAUCUCCUCCUCAGGAAUGUAAGCUGUAGAUUUGCCAAAUCCAUUUGCUUUGUUAAUUAGAAUUCGAUAGUGAGGAGUAUCUUUUAGAUCCUGUAAAAAUACAAGAAAAAUAAAUAACCUCAAGGGGAGAACAUGACUAAAGAUUACAUUAUAUAAGUUAACUUUCAGUAGAUUUACAAAUACUAAAAAACCCUCAAUAUAUACAUAGGACAAAUUAAAUUUAUGAUCUUAUCAAGAUCAGUUUGGAAAAUUAAAUAUAAAACAAUCAGACCUGUAAUCUGUGAAGUUCUACUAGGCAUAUCUGAAAUACUCUUUAAAGAAGCAAUAUUCCAAGUAAUCUUUUCUCCAGUAAAUCUUACAAGAAACAUGACUUAGAAUAUCCCUGCUUUCUGUAAGUAGUCCCCAUAACAAUUUAUUAGUCAUCCUUCUUCCUUCACCUUCACAAGUUUUUACAGAAAGGGACUGAAAAAGGGGCGAAUCUAGAGCAUAAUACCACCUCUGACAAUGUUGGUCCCAACCCUGGGCAUAACUUAGGGAACUCCAGCCACGAAGGAGAAAUGUGGCUUACUAUUAUUUAUUUUUAUAUUCUUAUAGUGCCUAAAAACCCCAGUCAUAGACCAGGGUCCCAGCGUGACUAGUCGUAAAUGUUCCUGCCCCUAACAACGCAUAAUCUAAACACACACACAAAAAGUGAUGGAUGAAUAUAGGCAGAUAAAUGGUGAGCCAAUGAAGCAGUUAGGCAGUACUGGUCAAUGUGAAAGGCAGUGACCUCUGCACAACAAUGUAUUAAUGAACUAGAAGUCAAAGAAAGGCAGUGAUGCUGUAAGGUGGUGGAGCUGAAAGCAUGGAUAAUGUCUGGAGAGGAUUUGCAAGGAUCAAGCUCAGUAGUUGACUCUUAUGGUCAAAAGCAAUUUUGUGUAGCUGAUGCAUGUAAUAUGAUGAUGCAAAAGCUAGUUUAAAAAAAAGAAAGAGGGAACCACAUCACUGUUGAAAUUAAAAUCAUAAAGACGAACACAAAGUCAUUGGGAGAACAGAACUAAAUAAGAUACAUACAAAGAAUCAGCAUGCCUGAUGGGAAAUAUCUGGGUGUUCAGUAGAUGCAGUAAUAUAGAGAGAGAAGAAAAAAAGCACUGAUGCAGAUAUUUUAGAAGUCAAGGAUGAGUGCCAGGUGGAUAAAAUUACAACAGGGAAGGGACAGAAGACACAACAUAGGACUGAAUGUCUGCUCCCAGCUGAACACCAGUUCUCUUCUACAGGCAGUUUCUUUCUUUUUCUCAUUUUCAGUCCCCUUUGGCCUCCCUGCCACUUUUGCAACAUGUAAGCAGCCAACCCACAGAGUAAGCAGCACUGUCAACAUAGAUUUAGGAUCUUAUUUUAAAAUAGAUCUCAUUUUAGAAUAGACCAAGGACUUAGGCUAGACAAUUUCAAAAGCUUCAAGAAUUCUAACAAAAACAUGUUGUUAGAACCCCCAAAACAUACCUUUUAAACUGAAACUGAUUAAACACUAGAGCUUACUUGCAUUUCUUAGGUGCAAUGAAGAUACUACUACUUACAUCUACACAUCCGAUAAAGGAUUUAAAUGCUUCUCAACUUUAAUAACGUACCACAAGAAACUAGUUCAAACAUCAUAGGUUGACACUGCUGCUUUAAAGGCAAUGCUGCAUGUUAAAAGUGAGUAAUUUUAAUUCAAGAGACUGCCAGUACAUCCCUGACCAGUGAAGCUUAACCAAUGAGUGCUGCAACAAGGCUCUACUGUGAUGACAGAGCAGAACAAGCAGAAGUAUCCCUCAGCUACACAGGUGAUAUGGGACUCAAACUAUUUUCCAUUAGGUUAGCAGAAAGACUGUCUGUAAUGGCGUUUCCAAGAUAUUUUUUUUUUAAACCUGAGUUAUUCUGUGUAUGUAUUAAUAAAGCAAGAAUUUAAAACAUUCAAA